AUGGUCAAUAUUCGUGCUCAUGUGCCCAUCAUCCUCGACCUGGAAGAGGACACAUACGGCCAGUGGCGGCGCUUCUUCUCCUCCGUCUUCGGCAAGUUCGGCAUCCGCGACCACAUCAUCCGCUACGCCAUUCCUCGUCAAUCAGAUGCCGACUGGGCCUUGAUCGAUGAGAGCAUCGUGAAUUGGCUGUACACUUCCGUCUGCAAGGACAUUCGCGCCAUCGUCGUUCAGAUCGACGACACCGCCAUCGACGUGUGGGAAGCCAUCGAGGAACUCUUCCACGACAACAGUCUGCAUCGCGCCGUCUACCUGGAGACUGAGUACUGCUCGCGCCUCAAGACUCUUGCCGAUCAGCAGCGCGACGUCGGCCAUCCGGUAUUCCGGUGCAGGAAGACAACCAGGUGGUGA